AUGACAGUCUAUCAUAUCCGCCUCGUCAACGAGGACACAUCUGACCAUUUCUUUUCCUUCGUUAUGGAUCCUCCUGAAACCCUCAACAAAAAUGGCAUUUUCUCAAGUUGCUGGAUCAGCAUGCUCGUUUCAAGCGGUGGAAAUUUGGGCGUGUCAACUGAUGUCGAUUGCUUCGCUUGGGCAGGAACGGUGCCCCGCAACCCCGCACCGGGGGUGGAGGUUCCUACCGGAGUCGGACGACUAGCAUCCCUUGGCACGGAGAGGAGCAAAGGAAGCUCUUUUCAGAUGAAGACCACCAUUAAUGAUGCGGCGACUUUGACAGAGAACACCCACGGAGCUCCCACUGCAACUUUUGAAAUAUUCACCGGAAACGACCUCCCAAGCCCCAAUAACAGAUACCUUAUCGGUAUGGCAAAGAUGGAUGGACACGGCCGUUUAAUCCCUGUUGCAACGGUGCUUGCUUCCAAUCAAACGACAACGCAGAUAAAGCCCAAAAUGAAGUUUUACAUUAGUCGGGCCGAAUACCCAGCUAGUUUUAUAGUUGAUUUCACGUCUAUCUCUAGAAAUGCUGGUGUGGUCGACUUCAGCUCUGGCGAAGGACAAAACAAACAUUUUGCGAUUGUCAGGUACACCAAGAAUGGGGACUUCAAAGUUGACUACCAUAAACAGUCGCUCGAGGCACAGGAAAAAGGGCUCGUUGAAUGGGUCCUCGAAAAGCUCCAUCACUUGGUAAGCUCGGAUGACUAUGUCGACUGUCACGCCUUCCUGGGCCCCGGUGGCGGCUCAGCUCCGACAACAGCCGAGGAAGGCGAAACAAAGACCGCACGAUUCCGCCUCACGUACCCGGUUCGAUGUAUUUACAACUGUGCCGCAGCGCCCGUUCCUGUUUAUAUUGCGGAUUGCAUGUAUGGCCUCAUAUAUGUACAACCAGCGGAGGGUGAUCUUCCCCCUGUGGACCACGAAUAUUAUGUUCCAUAG